CCAUCUCGACUUUUGUUGCGCGCGUCCACGUCAGCGUCAAUGUCUUUACUGUUCGUGGGCCGCAAUACAAGUAUCGUGUAUUUUGAGCUUCCCUUAUUGCCAAGGAUUUGGACGAUUGUCAUCCUCCGACCACGUGGAUGCGAAGGGGUCGAACAGAUGGACCGACAAUUCCGCACCGCUUCUGAGUCCGCCGAGCAGCAAGAUUUCACCUGGAACUACGACAACCUCUCCCAGUUGCCAGAGGAUGGCAAUGUCGUUGACCAGUUGAACAUCCAUGAGGCCGAGGAGUCGGGGGAGGACCGUGAGGUAGUUGACGAAGCCGCGGUGCCAAACAUGCUGAUCCACGACUCCGAGUUGAACCAGCUUCAAGGGCGGAUCAAUGAUGGGGUUGAGGCCGAUGAGCAAGUUCCCCUGCAGCCGGUCGACCCCUAGGUAGCUUAUCAGCUGCAGAUGCCUUCCAUCCGACGUACUCCUCUCGAC